AUUUCCCUCUCUCUAACCUAGAGAUCGAAAAACUUCAGUGUCAAAUCGUCAGAUGCUACGAACAAUCGCCUGUUUGUGUUGCAAAAGUUGAUUUUCAUUGUUUGACCUUUUUUUCGCGAUGGAUCCAACCGAAGUCGAAUUUAUGGGAGACAAAGACCCUAUUAGUAUUUUGCCGCUAUUCAAUCUCGAUGAAGUUCAUUUAAUUUCUGGCUCUCUCGGUCCCUUUCGGGCCGGUAUACCUAUCAAAGUUCCCAUUUGGAUGGCGUUUCACUUGAGGCAACUCGAAAAGUGUCGUAUUGUUGCUCCAGAGUGGAUGGAUGUUGACAACUUGAACGAAAUAUUGGCCAACGAAAAAUUGUCAAAAAAUCUUACACAAAUGCCCAGUAAUCACUACAUGAACACCGCUCAUAUGCUUCUGAAUAUGGCUGCCAAUGACUUUUCUCGAGCUGAAGAAAUACGCACUGCUGUCAAGGAUAUUUGGGACAUGAGAAUGGCAAAACUGAGAACAUCCAUCGAUGCUUUUUUCAAGAGUGAUCUCUUGCAUGCUCAACUGGACAAUGUCACAUCAAUGGAGCUAAACAGUAUCCGUCCCUUGUUGCCGCAUGCAUUGGACCAAGUUUUGAGGAUUCAAAUGGGCAAGGAAAAUUUGGCACAGGAUUCUCAAAGAGGCGAAAGUUCUCAAUAGCGAUACAGGGAAUAGGAAAAGUGAUGUUAAUUAAUAAGGAUUACGUAAGAAUAAGUAACACUGGUUAACUUUAUGGCCUUGCGUUUGGAAUAUUUGAUAAAUGAAUAAAUUGAAUAAUGCUUUGGUUUUA